AUGGCAAAAGUUUUUCGUCGUGCUGCUAGUAAGGUUAAAAAUUCUAGAGAUGGCCAUGGUUCUCUUGGUUUGCUCAUAUUUGACGAGAAAGUCGUGUAUGAAACUUUUCAGAAAUUUGUGAUCGCCAAAGCUGACGGUGAGUUUCUAAGUUAUCCCUCAUUAAGAGUUUUGCUGGAAAGAAGUAAGAGCUGAAAGCGGAUUACAUAAGAGAAGAAGGAUUUUCCUUCGCUGAAGGUUAUCUUUUGAUUGAUCUGAGGUCAUUCUUUUUAAGCCUUGUUGGCUAUUUCUUGGGUUGGUAGUUUCGGUAUAUCAAGUUUCGAACCGUGUUUAUUUAAAGAACAUCAUCGUAUCAUAGUUUGAUAUCGGUAGAAUGCACGUCCUACGCUCAUAUCCUGUUCACGGAUUUAACGUCAUGUUCAGUGUACUUUUGGAGAAACUACAGAAUACAAGGCCAUAUCUUAAAAGGUCUUAAACAAAAGUAGCUCGGUAGCUCACUUGUCAAGACGAGUGUUAAUAAAACGAGAAAGAUAUUACAUAUAAGUCUAUAAUUAAGUGUAAGAAAGACACAAGAAAUAUAAUAGAGGAUAUUACAUGGCCGCGCGGGGAUACGAAUUUUAUCUUUGAGUGCUGAAAGUAUCUCUCAUGAGUGAGCGAAGCGAACGAAUGAGAGAUACUUUCAGCACGAGCAGAUAAAACUCGUAUCCCCAAGCGGUCAUGUAAUGUUCUGUUUAUUUUAUAGAUACUGAUGAAAUUCCUACAUAAAACACAACUUUUUUUAAAAUUCUAAAAGCUUUGUCGUUUUAUCACGUUAAUUUCACCAGUGGAUAGCGUUUUACGGACAGUGUUUUUACAAUACUUUGAGCCUAUAUUUCAAUAUUUCCUCUUUAUUUCUGUUAUUAUGAAUAUAAAACUGUUAGAAAAAGUCAAAAUUCUAAUGAAGAAGAGAAAAAUUAUGUUAGUAACCAUGGCGACACCAAUAUCCUCACACAAAUAGUAUCUUCACUGCACGCAAUGAAGAUAUGAUUUUUUAGUAAAAGGAAAAAUCCUGGUAUUUCAUCAGUAUCUAUAUAAUAAAUAGAGAAUAUUACAUGCCCGCGCCUGGAUAUGAAUUAAUUUAUCUUCGAGUGUUUUACUCGAUAUAUCAUGAGUGAAUGCAGUGAAUGAGUGAGAUAUCGAGUUGAACACUCGAAGAUAAAGUUUGUAUCCACAAGCGGGCAUGUAAUAUUCUGUUUAUUGUAUAGACACCAAUGGCGAGAUGCUGUGAUGCUCUUUUCCUAUUGGCUGAGACUGAUGUAGCUAUAACGACCGUGAUAUCUUCACAUGUGAAGGAUAAAAAUUGUAUCGUCAUUUGAUACCAAAUUUUUGUCACUGGAAAAAUCCUGGUAUUUCAUUGGUGUGUAUAUAAUAAAUACAUUUAUUAUUCAUUUAAAAUAUUUCCCUGAUUCUGAUUGGCUAAAAGCACACGCAUAAUUCACCAUAACCAGCUAUUGAUGACCAAAUUUGGAAGAAUUUUGUGUUUAAUGAACCAAUGACAUCAAAAGUGCAGCUUUUUUGCAGGUUAAUGUACCGUUAACUGAGAAGACCUGGGGAUGAGGUUGAGUUGUUUUGGUUGUGAGAACAAAAAUGGCGGACAUUUCACUCGUUUCAAGAGUAAGAACUAGGCAAAAUAAUAGUUAAAGACAGGGCAAGAACAUCAAGAAGACAACUCGAAGAGCGAAAUAUCGUAUUCGGAGAAUAUUUGCGGAGCUGAACAAACCCUAAACGUGCACUAUCGAAGAUGAACUUAACAUCGAUGGAUCGAUGGAGGUAAGCAUGUUUUAGCCAUGAUUUUAAACUAGGAAUUAUUUCGAAUGAAUAAUAAAACAAUUACUGAAUUCGGCUUUCGUAUCAUAUGAAGAAUUAUGGAGAUCUUGGAGGGUGUUAUCACGAUGACAAUCUCCUUGAUCUCCAUAAUUCUUCAUGAGAUACUCAGCCUCAUUCAUUAAUUGUUAAAUAAGAAUAAGUUUUAAAAGAACAAGUAAAGGUGUAUAUUUUUAGUGGCUCUUUGCUUUGAUGGCUCAUCAGCCAAGGUUGGGUCUUAAAGAAUGAGCUGAGAAAGGUAUAUGUUCUAUUGGCUUGGUUGGUCACUGUGGCUUGUCAUUGACUACUGAGACACUGAGCCACCAAGCCACCCCAAUGAAUAAUUAUAUAGCCUGUAUGUAUUUAGCCUGCGAAGUGCAGACGCAUUUCCGGUCGUCGCUUCUCUCCCUCCGAAAAAUGGCGUCUGCGAACCCGAGCGGCAAAACGAUUUCCGUGACGUAAAACCUUUUGUUUUGAUGUAGGCCAAUCAGAUCAAAGGAUAGAAUACAGCUCGAGUGACUCCUCGCGACCUCGCACGCUGAAGUGUCUUGGAUUUUGGAGAGAAUUACCAAAUACGCUUUGGAACGUGAAUUUCACGACCAUAACAAGGUUUCCUGCGACGUUGAAUGCUGACUUCUUUAUGAAGCAACUACUUCUUAAGCUAUGUAUGUGAUGUGGGCCUUUGGUUUCGCUUUAUAAAAUACGGUAGUACGUGACAUAAACAAAACCUGGACAAAAUAAUCGCUACAGCGAAAGGAAAGCAACAUAGCUUAAUGACAUCGCGCUCAGACUUAUUUAUUUCAAUUUAACCAGCGCUGACAAAAGGUGGUGAAUCAAUUACACAGACACAUCCUUGACUGAUUCAGAAAUCUCUAACAAUCGCUCGUUAAUAAUUCUAGUAUCGCCACAACACAAUGAUCUGAAAUAUUAUAAACCUGGGCCAGACCCAGCGUGAAAUAAAUAGUUACAGCAGUAAAUAGAUCAUAGUCAAAAUGACAUUUCAGCUACGACGCUUCUACUCAUCUCACAAAAAACUAUGGAAAUGAGAACCUUGAAAAGAACAUGUAUUUAAAGAAAUAUACCGGAGCAAAUAUAAAAUGCUUUCGAUCUGAUCAAAGUUCUAUCUGAACCAAGAAGCAACCACGCAUGGGAAAUCAAUUACCACAUGUCCUACCUUUCAAAGAUAAAGGAUAUCUACUAAAAAAUAUCUAAAACGGCACACGACAAACUAUCGAAGAGUUCUCCAAGGCAUACUUUCCUGCCAGGAACCAGAAAGGAACAGAAGCAACAAACGGCAUGAUGCGUCUACUGUCAUUAGGACAGUUAUCGUUUCGAAUAUGAUCAAAACAACUACGUCUGAUAAAUCAUUAACUCCGUAGGCAAAUAGAUGAAAAAUGUCCUCUAAUGUUUUCUUCGAUAUGAAUCCUCUUGAUACUUAUUUCGUCAAUCAGUUCCACAAUCCUGGCAAAUUAACUUUCGUAAACGCGUCGUUCUGAGAAAAAAGGACGGCUAUACAGAAGCCACCGUCGUCCUUUCAAUUUCGACUUGAAAACAUAUCCAUUGCGCACGAUCCUGCGAGAAGUCUCGCGAGUUAGUUCCUUGAUUUUAAGAGCUAAACCACGAUUGGCUAAAAAUGUUUUACGUCACGGAAAUCGUUUUGUCGCUUGGGUUCGCAGACGCUAUUUUUCGCAGGGAGAGAAGCGACGACCGGAAAUGCGUCUGCGCUUCGCAGGCUAGUAUGUAUUCUGUAAUGGAUUUUUAAAACUUUGACUAGUUUAUACUUGCAAUUCCUAUUAAAUUUCUUGUUUGUACCUGAUGAAAAUCUCACAAUUUUGUUCUUGUACCUUUGUGCAUGCCUGGCUGGAAAGGGGUCAGGGGAACCCCUUAGGCUAGAAUUGACUCUUCAAGUUUAAUGAGUUUGUCAUUGUUUUUUAAAUAGCAUCCAUUGCCAUGUUAAAAUGGGCCAAAACUGAAGAAAAUUUGGCUCUUCAGGAUGUCUUCAGCAAGGUUUUUGAAGUUUCCAGUAUGUGGACAACAUUGUGGAAGGAUUUGGGUGAAGAGGUAUUGGUUUACUGCUUCAUUUGUCUUUAAAAUGGUGUCUUCUGAAACUGUCGUGAAACUAGGUUUGAUCACCAGCCCACACUUCUCCUCAGAAAAGAUGACUUAAUGGGUGGGUUUGGUGUUAUGAAUUUCUUCCAAUCAAAUUGGCCACUCACAUGCCUAGUCGUCUUGUCUAUUGGAGGAACAAGACCAGACCAGAGAGACUAGAGGAAAUAUUGAGCUUAGUGCGAAAUGGGAUGCAAUAUUGAUUCCUGUCCCAAAACAGUGAAUAGCCAAGGAUAUCUUAUUAUUAAUGGAGCCAUUCAAAUUAUGCAAAAAUUGCUAUAUACUGAUUUGAUAAAUACUAAUCUUGACAUCGGUAGCUAGAAAUGCUAUCUUUAGUGUGAAAAAUGCAGAAGGGCUAUGUGGAAUGAGGCUCCUACACUGUAGUGACUCUUGAUGUAAUUUCAAACUCUCCCUUGGAUUCGUAACCAUACAUGUACACCAGCUAAGUUGAGUUAGGAGAAUCUAGUAGUUUAUCAACAGUCAUCUGGGGCAUCUAGUUUUUAACAGCUGUCGUUUUCACUUUUGGUUAUUUUCUUACAGUAUUAUAAACACAGAAAAAGUUUCAAAGAAGUUCUUAAACAGGAGAAAGCUUUGGAUGAAGCAAGGAAACGAGAAGCCAUGCAUGCAACUAAAAUGAGUAGAGUACAGAAACAGGUGAAGGUGACAGUAAAUUGUAAAUUUUAAAACUAUUCUUCCAAUAGUCUUUCUUCUUGAACUUUGCACAGUUUUCCCUUAAUUCUACUUGUUGUGUACGACCUGGACAUAAUAUUAUUGCAGACUUAAUGAUAUUUUGUAUUGUAUCUGAUCGCAGGUAGCAUUGCAGCACACAAUCCACAAUUUAGUUGGACUUUGUCCAACGACCAAGUACUGUUUGCAGCUCUGCUGCUUACGUACUGAUAUCUUACUUUUGAUACGUUUUAACCUCUUUGUAGCUGGAUCAAAGCAAGAGAAAGAGUGAUGGAGGAAGACCAAGAACAAUAUCAAAUGAAAUGGUUGAGGUAAUUUUUAAAUCUUUCUUAGAAUUGAAACGUCCCCAGAUCAAAACGUCCCCAGUGGCAAAGAGUGAGGAGAAAUGGCUGUUUUCGCAGGCUACCUUCACCCACGCAGGAGUGCAUGCAUUUUAAUACCUUUUGCAUGGAUACCCAUUUGCAAGGGUUUCAAGUCCCAUGUAUCUUUAGUCCAAGUUCUUGUUGCAAUGGCUGGGUAUUACAUAAUUUUGCAGGUAUUUUCAUUUUCUAUUUUUCUUUGUAAAUUCCAGGUCAUUUCACAGGCUGAGCAGGAGCAAGCUGAAUUAGAAGUAAAAACAAUCAAACAUGAAAUAUUUAAGGUAACUUUUUCUCAAUAUAUAAUACUAAACUAAAACCAAUUACCAAGCUUGGGAAUGGGCAUUGUGAUUGUAAUUAUUUCUGGCGCUUCUGACAAUCUGGUCUUUACUAGAUUGUAAGCAAUGGAUUUCUUCAGAGAAGGAAGAAAAUGGAAAAAAUAAUUUUUCCUACUAUGAUUCCAUUGUACUUAUGACUCCACUCAUGACUUGAAGUUUUAAUGAUUUUCACCAAGUCAUGAUUGCUUUUUUGACUUUGCUUGCAACCCUGACUCCAGUGCUGUCCAAACCAGCUUUUAAAAUCAGGGCUUCUGAUAAAUCAGGGAAAAAAAGCAAAAUUUCGCGGAUUUUCAGGGGCAAAUUCGAGGAAAAAUCGGCUGAUUUGACGGGAAUUUCGGGGGGAAACUUCGCCAAGAAACAAUCAGUAAAAAACAGAUGAUUUUGCUAGGUUUUUUUGUGGCAAAUUUCGCCAAAAUCGAUCAAUUUUGCAUCGAUAUGACCAGCGUUGUUUAACGUUUUUUUUUAUCAGGGAUAAUCAUUUGCUCUUUCAACAACAGUUCGCUCGAGAAAUGAAGGAGUGCUAAAGCUGUUAACGUUAUGGUUGGUGCCCAGUUUUUCGCAACGUUCAUCUAAGAACGCUUGGUAGUUUUGGGACGUUGUUUACUCGUUGCAGUAACGAAGGUUGAAGAUAAAUUUGGACGUUUGGGGUGAAUAAAACAGGUCUAAUAGCCAAGAUAAGUAUUAAAUAUGUUUUGCCAACAUGCAUUUGGAAAUAUUUCUUGUGGAUUCUUGCGGUAUUUCACGGAAAUACCUGAAUUUCGCAGGUCCGCAACCACGCAAAAUAUCAGAAGCCCUGCAAAAUGAAGCUUUUUUACUUGCAGGCUCGUAAACUUAAAGACUCUCUGUGUAAGAUUUCUGAUGGAAUCCAGGAGUGGGCCUCAAAAACUUUGCUGGUUGCAGGAGCCUACAGAAAACUGGCUGAUCUUAUUGAUGACACACCCACACAGUUGACGGAGAGCAAAGUUUUUUCUGGUACGUUGAGAGCAGGAACGUAACCAAACUGUGACAAAUGAAUCUUCAUUAAUCAUUGCAUGAUUCAUUUCUUCUUCUCCAUGCAUGGUUCUCCUUCCCAAUCCCUUUUUCUCCAUUUUUUGGAGAUAAUCCUAUUAGUGCUUCUAGAGAGAAGUUGCAUCAAAGAAUAAUAUAGUGGCAGCAGUAUUUUCAUAGGUUUCCAUGGGAACCACCAGCGGCUGAAAAUGCCAACAAUGCUUUGGAUUGAAACCCACUAACCUAGAGCGAGGUUUGUGAUGCACCAAUCACUAACAACCAGAGUGGUAUACAUGUUAGUCCCUCUCAGUAAAUCAAAUUUAUUGCCUGAUGAAGAACUGCAGGACAUGAUUAAAACGUUGCAAUCAAUAUCUAAGUGACUUUCAUUAGACAUACGAUCAACAAAACCCUUGUAUGCUGAGUAGACCCUUGGUGGAAAUGUGAGGGGUAUCUAUAAUUAUAUAAUGUUCAUAUAUUAAUUUGUGUUCACAGGUGCUGGUCAGUCAAGAAGUAUAGUCAAUGAUCUCGCAAGGGACUUGAAAAUUGACCCUGAGUUAUCCAAACAGUUGGCAACAAUGUCAAAGUCAGGCCAACCUUAUUUGUAUGCGGUGUCCGCUCCUUUGCCAGUAAAGAGAGAAAUUGGUAAAAAAUAUGAUUAUGCCUAUGAUGUUUCAAGAGAGAAGCUCCGCAAGUCGAAGCGUGGACCUAAACCCCUGCCACACCCUCAUCUGAGAGUUAGGGGGAAUUCAGGAAUGGAUCAAAACCACAGGAGGCCGCUUUCAUUGAAUGAUCUUCGGCCGCCUCCUAAUUCGCCACCUCCCCCGCUGCCUACAAAUGGUAAGGAUCUUAUCAAGGGCAGAUCUAGGGGGAGGGUGCAAGGGGUGUGCACCCCCCCCCCUGAGAUGACCUGCGGUUUUCUAAUACAACUGGUAUUCUGCAAAAAAAAAAAAAACUAUGUGGUUUAUUGGUGUUGAAGUAGAGCAAGAGACGAGUACACCCCCUCCUAAAAAAAUCCUGGAUCCGCCCCUGACCUGAGUCGACCUCUUGCCGGGCGGAGAGAGCCCAACCGCGAGUGACGAAGUCGCGAAGGACUUUUUUGAAAGUCUAGAAGCAGUAUGUAUCUUUUCGCCUUAAAUCCGAAAUUGACAUUCUACACUGACCGUAUUUUAGGUCUAAGUAUUGUCUCCAGGGGGGUACUCCGAAUUCCAAGGGACGGGAUUAAUCGAAGGAUUUUUCGGUUUCCGAGAUUUUUUUUAAGACAGGGUAGAAGGGGCGAUCAGGAAAAUUUGGCGAGAAUUUUUUAUGUCUUGAUUUAAGUAAGGAUAUUUUGGGGGGUGAAAACAAUCUAAAGGCUUGUGAGCGCAGUAAAACCAAACUUGAUUUGUGUUUUUUUAAAAAAUUAGCACUCCAUAAAACCGGUUUUACAUAGGGGGGGGGGGGGGGGGGCACCCCAAAAAAAAUUUAAACGGGGGGGGCCCCCCCCGACCCCCACCCCCUCCCCCCUUAAAUAAACCAAGGUGUCCCCUUUCAAAAUCCAAAAUUUAAAAAUUUCAUCCUUUUUUAACUUUAAUAAUUUAAUUUUUUUAAAAUUAUAAAAAAACAAAAACCCCACACUAUCUUUUUUAAACUUCGGCCGCCUCCUAAUUCGCCCCCUCCCCCGCUGCCUACAAAUGGUAAGGAUCUUAUCAAGGGCAGAUCUAGGGGGAGGGUGCAAGGGGUGUGCACCCCCCCCCCUGAGAUGUCCUGCGGUUUUCUAAUACAACUGGUAUUCUGCAAAAAAAAAAAAAACUAUGUGGUUUAUUGGUGUUGAAGUAGAGCAAGAGACGAGUGCGCCCCCUCCUAAAAAAUCCUGGAUCUGCCCCUGUUGUGUAGGGCUUGAAAAAAACUUGAAUUCUUGUUUGUAGCCUCCCACACAGACAUUCUUAGGGGCUUCAUCACACAUUUCUUCCUGUCAUUUGCUGGGGGAGGAUCGCAUGAUAAGCCAAAAGAAGGUCUGCAUAGGAGGCUAGUUUGUCCUUUAAACAAGAAGCUCUCAAAUAUUGCUUGCCCAAGGUAUUUGCAUGCUUUCACUUUGUCCUUGACAUAUUCAUUAUUUAUAGUGACUGAAUUUAAAUCAAUCAAUCAAUCAACUUUAUUGGUACAUCCCAUUAAAAUGGGUUUUCACAUACCAAUUACAAAAAAAUCUAAUAUGAACAAUAGAAAUCUAAAAUAAACAUUUGAAAGUGAUAAAACAUUACCAUAUUAUUUAAAAGAUAUAAAAUAUGCAUAAUUACACCUAUUGAGUGUCAAUGGCUUAAGAACUCGUCAAGUGCACGUCCUUUAAUCGCAUUCUUAAAAACAUUAAAUGACUUUGUGUGCAGUACUGAUGCUCCCAAGCUACCAUCUCUGAAGUACCUUUUUUUGUCUAAACUAAUUUGCAGCAAGACAAGUCAUUUUCAGACCAAAUUCAGCAAAGGAAAAUACAGCACUAAAUAGGAAGUUGUAGUUUUUUAAAGAUACCAGCAAUUUCUGCUUACCAACUUAUUUUACCCUUGCCUAAGAGCCUUGAGGGAAGAAAACAAAAAUUGGUCUUAUGUCCACUCUGUUUCUACUACCUAGUUGAGCUUAAAAAGAUGCAGUUAAAUUACUGCUCAAGAUUAAAGUUUUGGAAUAAAUUAAGUAAAAACCCCCAUUUUUUUACUAUUUUAUUUUGCUUUUGUUUUCCCUGUAAAUGAGUGGCUUGACCUUUGUGUGGCUCAGAUGACCACGUAAAAUGGGGACCUGUCUCCUGAGGGGAUAUAGAAAUAGUGUUCUCAACUUAUUUUAUUAUUUUUAAAAAAUAUGGUUUUAAUAUAGCACUCUCCUGCUAAACACAUUGACACUCAAAUAACUUUGGUGUAAUAAUAUGUACUUUUGGCACCAGGUCAGAUCAACUCCAAGCAACCACCAGGAAAGAUCUGGUAUGCAAGAACAAACAUCGAAAGCGGCUCAGAGUCUGACAGUGAAGGAUAUGCUGAACCCAUAACUGAUCCUUCAUUCUUUCAACAAACGAGGAUGCUGUGGAAAGUACUGAGUGAUGGAGCUAUUAAUGAAGUGGGCACAGGUUACGCUGGAGUAGAAUCAAGAACUGGGAAACAGUCAAGUAGUCCACAUGUUUAUCAUCAAUUAGAAAGAAGGUACUCUGAAGAAGAUGUGUUUAAUGACAAUAAUACGUCACCAGCUUAUGUUGAUCUCAUUCAGUAG